UUGGACCAUCCACACACUUCUCUUUGACUCCACUGAAUUUGAUUGAAUCCCACUCCCACACUCCUAUAAAUCCUCCUCCUUUUUUUCCUCGAAAUUUUAUCCCCUUCAAUGCAGUUUCUCCCACCAAACAAACGAACUUUGAAAAUACACUCUUCCUCUUCAAAUUAAGAUUCCUUUACAUCAUUAUGGCCUCUAGGACAGCCCCAACUCCCAAACUAAAAUCUCUCUCUCUAUUCUUUCAUCUCUAUCACAUUCAUUUCCUUAUCUAUCUACAUGUUUGAAUAAUCUGUAGAGUGUACAGUGGGUCGUUGUUGUAGUUGUAUCAACCCCUUCUAAACUCACCCAACUCUCUCUGAGAGCUCUCAGAUCCCUAUUUUUCACGUACAAUCUUUUGCACUAUACACCGUAUAUAUAUAUCCAUCUCCCCCCAAAAACCCACUUCAAAAAACACACAUCAAUCUUAAAGUUUCAAACUUUGAACCCCAAAUAUCCAAAAACCAUGAGUUCCUCACCCACAAACAAAGCUGAUGGUGUUCAGAUCCACCAAACCCGGAUACUCCCAGAUUUCCUUCAAAGUGUGAAUCUUAAAUACGUGAAACUUGGUUACCAUUACUUAGUUUCCCACCUCUUAACUCUCUGUUUAGUCCCUCUCAUGACAAUGUUUAUUGUCCAAGCCUCACAACUCAACCCAAAUGACAUUCACCAACUCUGGCUUCAACUCCAGUACAACCUUGUUAGUGUUGUUAUCUUCUCCACCAUUGUCGUUUUUGGAUCCACCGUUUACAUAAUGACCAGACCCAGAUCCAUUUACCUUGUGGACUACUCAUGUUAUCGUCCACCUUCACAUCUCCAAGCUCCGUUCCAUCGGUUCAUGGAACACUCAAAGCUCACUGGGGACUUUGACGAAUCGUCGUUGGAGUUUCAGCGCAAGAUUCUUGAACGCUCUGGUAUAGGUGAGGAAACUUACGUGCCUGAAGCUAUGCAUUUCAUUCCUCCUAGACCAUCUAUGGCUAAAGCAAGAGAAGAGGCUGAACAAGUUAUGUUUGGAGCUUUGGAUAACUUGUUUGCCAACACUAAUGUCAAGGCUAAGGAUAUUGGUAUACUUGUUGUGAAUUGUAGCUUGUUUAAUCCAACCCCAUCACUUUCAGCUAUGAUUGUGAAUAAGUAUAAGCUGAGGGGUAAUGUUAAAAGCUUCAAUUUGGGAGGUAUGGGUUGUAGUGCUGGUGUUAUAGCUAUUGAUUUGGCCAAGGAUAUGUUACAACUUCAUAGGAAUACUUAUGCAGUUGUGGUUAGCACUGAGAAUAUCACUCAAAAUUGGUACUUUGGUAACAAGAAAUCAAUGUUGAUACCCAAUUGUUUGUUUAGAGUUGGUGGGGCUGCUGUUUUGUUAUCGAAUAAGGCGUCUGAUAAGCAGCGAGCUAAGUAUAAGCUCGUACAUGUUGUGAGGAGUCAUUGCGGGGCUGAUGAUAAGGCCUUUCGGUGUGUUUAUCAGGAACAAGAUGAUGUUGGGAAAACAGGGGUUUCAUUGUCUAAGGAUCUUAUGGCCAUUGCUGGUGGAGCUCUCAAGACUAAUAUCACAACUAUGGGCCCCCUUGUGCUUCCUAUUAGCGAGCAGCUUCUUUUUUUCAGUACCCUGGUGGCCAAGAAAUUGUUCAAUGCAAAAAAGAAGCCUUAUAUCCCGGAUUUCAAGCUUGCUUUUGAUCAUUUCUGUAUUCAUGCUGGUGGGAGAGCUGUGAUUGAUGAGCUUGAGAAGAAUUUGCAGCUUCUACCGGUACAUGUCGAGGCGUCUAGGAUGACUCUGCAUCGGUUUGGUAAUACUUCUUCGAGUUCAAUUUGGUAUGAGCUGGCUUAUACAGAGGCAAAGGGGAGGAUUAGAAAGAGGAACCGUGUGUGGCAGAUUGCAUUUGGGAGUGGUUUUAAAUGUAACAGUGCAGUUUGGGAGGCCCUGAGGAAUGUCAAACCUUCUGCUAAUAGUCCAUGGGAAGAUUGCAUUCACAAGUACCCGGUGCAGAUUGUUGCAUAGCUCAACUGCAAUUUGGUUAGAGGGUCUCAAUUUAGGGAAAAAGAUGAUACUUUAAUGGGUUUGAACUAGAAUUUUCACUGUUUAUGUGUUACUUGGUCUAGACAGCCAUAAUGUGUGUGAUUAUGUGUGGUUUAGUUUCUUCUAGUUUGAUGUUAUGAUAAAGUGUAUGCCAAGUACAGUAGUGUUUGGAUCAGUAUGGUGUAUGCAUUUCAUCAAAGGGAUAUAUAAAAUCCAAAUGUGAUGGAAUUCAUUUUCAUUUAGUUUGUGAAUUGUGAGAGAGUUUGAAAUUAAUGUAAACCAUAUAUUUGAUUUA